AUCACAAAUAUGUAUUAUAGAUUAUCAAAAAAUUUUUUCAUUUGUUAACGCGUCAAGUUUUAAUAAUAAUUUUUAAACUAGUAAUGGCUUCAAGUAGAAGUUCUCGUUUACUAACCUUGGUGACUUAUAAUCAAAAUACUUUACUGUCAAAAUAUGCAAGAAGAAAUGCACUUUUGUCAACAUCACGAUUUAUCAAUUUGAAUCAAAAAGCUUAUAAUUCAUAUUUAAACUCUCCCGAAGAGUUUGCAGCAUUUUCUUCACCGCCGGCCGAAUUUCGUAAUCGCGCAAGGUUGCCGAGAAAUACGAUUAUAAAUUUCGUUCCGCAACAAGAAGCCUGGAUUGUAGAACGAUUUGGAAAGUUUGACCGACUUCUACAACCUGGUUUAUCAGUUGUGAUUCCGUUUUUAGAGCGAAUUAAAUAUGUUAAAAGUCUUAAAGAAAUUUGUUUAAACAUUCCAGCUCAAAGUGCAAUUACACAAGAUAACGUCACUUUAGUUUUGGAUGGCGUAUUGUAUAUUAAAGUAGUUGACCCAUAUAAGGCCUCUUAUGGCGUCGAAGAUGCCGAAUAUGCUGUUGCGCAAUUAGCUCAAACAACAAUGCGUGCUGAAAUUGGUCAAAUGACAUUAGAUAGAACCUUAGCGGAGCGUGCACAUUUGAAUGCCAACAUUGUUGACGCAAUUAACAGUGCUGCUGAUGCGUGGGGAAUUCGAUGUUUAAGAUAUGAAAUUCGUGAUAUUCAUCCACCAACUAAGGUUGUUGAAUCUAUGCAUCAACAAGUAUCUGCUGAACGAUCCAAAAGAGCAUCUAUUCUUGAGUCAGAAGGUCAAAGACAAGCUGCAAUAAACGUUGCUGAGGGAAACAAACAAUCUGUUAUUUUAGCAUCAGAGGCUGAAAAAUCCGAACAAAUUAACAAAGCAUCAGGUGAGUCUGAAGCCAUUGUUCUUCGUGCGAGAGCCACGGCUGAAGGAAUUAUAAAGAUUGCUCAAGCUAUUGAGAAUCCUUAUGGUAAAGACGCCGUCACACUUACAAUUGCUGAGAAAUAUAUGGAAGCAUUCGGAAAUCUUGCUAAAGAAGGCAACUCUAUUAUAGUUCCCGCAUCUACUAGUGACGCUGGAUCUAUGAUUGCACAGGCCUUAUCCAUCUAUAAUAAUGUAAAAAAGCAAACAGAACAACCAAGCAAAAUUAACGACACAAGGGGGCAAGACAAUAAAAAUAUUUAAUUAAUUUUCUCUAUUAACUAAUAUAAAAAUAAUAUUUUUCUAAUUCUAAAAUAAUUAAACAAUAAACGCUUCUUCU